CGAGGCCAACGGGAGGGGGAGGGGGAGGGGGAGGAGAGGAGGAGGAGGGGAGAUCCGGAAUAUCGAGGUCCGCUAAGGCACCGCGUGCAGAGCCAAGCCUACGGUACCCUGAGGAGUUAGACACACGUCAGCCUUCGCUGAAGUUGUAGCCUCCUGAGGGUAGAAUAUAUAGACAAACAGUCGAGGAGAAGUACGCAGUACUGAGGCGUGCCUCGGAUCCGAGGGCUCCAUGGAGGUUUUAAAGAACUGGCAGGGGCCGGCGCUGUGGCGCAGCGGGUUAACGCCCUGGCCUGAAGCUCUGGCAUCACAUAUGGGAGCCGGUUCUAGUCCCCGCUGCACCACUUCCAAUCCAGCUCUCUGCUAUGGCCUGGGAAGGCAACGGAAGAUGCCCCAAGUGCUUGGGCCCUGCACCCACAAGGGACACCCGGGAGAAGCUCCUGGCUCCUGGCUUCAGCCCAGCUCUGGCCGUUUUGGCCACGUGGGGAGUGAACCAGUGGUGGAAGACCUCUCUCUGCCUCUCUGUAACUCUAUCUUUCAAAUAAAUAAAUCUUUAAAAAAAAAAAAAGGGGGGGGGGAGGUUAAAGAUAUCUCUGUCAUUGCCAGGUGAAGUAAGUGCCUUUUUAUUAAAAAAAAAAAAGUUCCCCAAAACUUAUUACCCACUUUGGACAAUCAUGAAGAAACACAAUUAGACUAAGUGGGUAGUCCAAUAGCACAAAAGAUGCAAGUUUAACUUUAUUUUGGAGUUUCAUUUCCUUGUGAAAGCUCCUACAACAAGUAAAAUGCAUUUUUAUGCUGUUCUCUUGUUAAUCUGUUUUUUGCCAUAGAGGCCUUGGGCAUGAAUAUAGGAGGGUGAAGAAGGGACUUUUCUCCUCCCUGCAGAAGCCAAAGUAUUGCCAGAAUAACCAUCAUGAAUCCUAAAUGCUUCCAGCACCCACUGUCUCAUGGACUCCAUCCCUGCCUUCUCAUAAGUUUUAACUCUGAAGUAUGAGCCAGUUUGUCGUAAACUCUGGAAAUGCAAAGAGGUUACACUCCCCUCCCUCCACAAGUAAAUUUCACUCCCCAACUGCACUGGAAAGUAGCAUUUCUCCAGUAAAGAAGAGAAGAAAGUACAACUUUAUCACGAGGGAACCGUGCUUUGUAAGGAGGAAAGAGCACAAGACAGGCUGCCUGGCAGCCCCUGAAAACCAGCCAUGGCCAAUUGGCUCUCAGGAGCCCUAUGUUACUGUGCCCCAGGCUACAGACUUGCUAAUCUCACCUGAUUUCAACCACCCUAGAGAUAUUUUUACAUCUGUUUUCUCAUUUUGGAUGAGAGGAAUAAAUCUUUACCCUGAAAGAAGAAAAAAGGAGAGAAAAGAAAGGAGAAAGAGAAAGAAGGAAAAAGAAGAGCAGAUUCCUUAUCCAGUCACCAUGUGUGCCUUAGAAACUUUCAAAGCCCUGGACGCCUUUGAAGCCAGAAGCGAUGACAUUGUGCUAGCAUCUUAUCCAAAGUGUGGUUCAAACUGGAUUCUACACAUUGUCCGUGAAUUACUGUCUGUGGUUUCCGAAAAAAAAUAUGAAUAUUCAGAAUUCCCUGUUCUUGAAUGUGGGGACUCAGAAAAAUAUCAGAGAAUGAAGCUGUUUCCAUCUCCAAGGAUUAUGACAACUCACCUCCAUUAUGACAAAUUACCUGGUUCCAUCAUCAAGAGUAAAGCCAAGAAUCUGGCCACUGGAAUAAAACAAAUUGCUGAGUUCUUAGGAUUCUGUCUCGCCGGGGAGCAGAUUCAAACUAUCUCAGCUCAGAGCACCUUCCAAGCAAUGCAAGCCAAGUCUCAGGAAACGCACGGUGCUGUUGGCCCCUUCCUGUUCCGCAAAGGUGAAGUUGGUGAUUGGAAAAAUUUGUUCAGUGAAACUCAGAGCCAGGAAAUGGAUGAAAAAUUCAAAACCUGUUUGGCAGGCACUCCCCUGGGAACAAAGUUGAAAUAUGAAUUAUAUUGCCACACUUGAUUCUGGUUCAUUUAGCAGGAAUGGAUAUUUUCUUAUCCUCAAUAAGAACUGAAUUUAAAUAAAUUAGUCUCAACAAAUAAUCAAAUAAUGAUAAAUAACAAAUUUCAUAAUCAUGAAGUUUUUAAGCAUGAAUCUAAGUGUUUUCACUUUUUAAGUAGAGGACUUUUAGCUGACUACAAGGGACACUACUGUGAAUGUGCCGUCCUGUGGUAACCUCUUUCAUGCCGUAGGCUCACAUUAGAGCAUGAGCAGUUGCUACCGUAGAUGAAGCAGACUCCAAAUAAAGGUCAGUUUCUUCUUCUCUCCUCAUAAUAACUCCCUUCUCACCUUGGACCAAAGCACCUGUGGCUCUCUCAGACUUACUGUUGGGAGAAAUUCAAUUCCAACCUACCUAUGCUAACAAAAGAUUAAUAAAUUGUAUU